UUGCUUAACUUCAACGAUCGCAGCCGAACGCGCUAACCACUUGCGCCAUCGAGCUCCUCCAGCUAAAUUUCGAAUAGGUUCAAUUCAAAUAACUAUAAAUGCGGUCAAUGACUGAAGAUUCUUCAAUUUCUACAGUCUUAGUCUAAAUUAUUUGAUUUAUUUUUUUAUCUUAAAAGGAUGGCAAAUUAACUUAUGACCUGCCAAAUGGUAAGCGGCCUCCAUAACCUAUAGAUGCUUGCGAUACCAACAAUAUCGCUCGCACCGUUGCCUACCCUGACCCAAUCCCCUACCCAGUGGAGCCCUGGUACCUUACUCACCGACAGAGACACAACACCACCAAUAGGUAGUGUUAUUUUACUGUGGUUUUUUUACGGACGCUCCAAUUCGAGCGGGAAAUCCGCUAUGCCCUAUCUCUCUUAAAUUCAUUUAGUUUUUAUCUCGAUUAAUAAUACUUCUUAAUAAGCGUAUGAUCCUCUAACUAAAUCAAACUUAGGACAGUCUCCCUUUUCCCUUAAUUUUAAAGGAUAUAAUUCAGCAGUCAAAUUAAAAAAGUUUUGCAGUCAAAUUAACUUUUAGGAUGAGAAUUAAAACAUAAAAAAUUAGAACCGAAAUUUAUUUAUCACUUUCUUUAAGCCAAAAAAAAAUAAUACGACUAGCUAAAAAUACAAACAGUCAAUAUAAAUAAUGUAAUGUCGGAGCUAAAAAUAAAAAAGAAGCGAAAUGUGACUAAUGAAGUCGUUAGUAAAGUAGCACAUUUCUAUUUUUAUACUUCCUUACAUCGCGAAAGCUUCGGUUUUUACGCGCAUCGCUAAAAUUCCACUACAUGCUAUUACAUCAGCAAUACACGGUUAUUACGAUAGGUAUUUCAUGUUAAUUACGACGGACUCAUGACUAUCUGGUUGUAUAUCAAAUGAAGUUCGGUAAUUUUUUUUUCGUAUGUUCUCAUUUCGGAAAGUUCGUCAAAACAUGUUUUAAUUCGAAAAAGGUUUUAUUUAUUUUCUAUUAUUAGAGUUUCAAACUCAUCAAAAAUAAAUUAUUGUGUUGUUCUAUUUUUAAAUCAGCAUGCUCUGUACCUUUAUUUCAAUGGAAAUAACAUAGACAGAUUAUUUAGAAACAGCAUGCAAAGGAAUUAAGAUCUCAUAAGGCCUUAUCGCUUAUUAAUAUGCGUAUGACAUAACGCAAAAACAGAGCACAUGACUUUCUCAUCAUCAGAAUAAGCCUACAUACAGUAAGUGUUUAUUAGUGCCAUGGAAUAAAUUAUAUUUGUCAUAAUGUCUUAAGCAGUUUUGCUUAAAUUUAGAUUAAAGUUAGAUAAGUAAAGAUGGUAGAAUUUAAGUAUAAAAUGUUACAUAAAUUUAGGCGUUGCUGUAGUAUUAAAAGCAAGAUGUUACUUAUAUAUUUUGCUUUACUUUAACGACUUUUUCCGAUAGUUUAAAAUGAUUCAAAUUGAAGCAUUGGUUGUUAGAAGUAUAUUUUAUGUAAUAUAAAAAAUCGUCUCACGCUUCUCUUACUUAAUUAGUGAAAUAAUAUUUAUUUCUAUUAUUUUAAUUUCUGUCUGCAAACUUGAACACGCUCGGUGUAAGAAAGUGAUUAUUUUCGUUACGCAACAUUUCUUCAUGUUCUGUUGUUUUUGCACAGAAGACAUUUUAUUGUGUAAUUUAGAUUAUUUCCGAAUUUAAUAAGGAUUUUUUACAUUCUAAUUACUAAUACAUAAUUACAAAAAAACCAGGCGUAUUGUGGUUAAACCGAUACCAACCAUAUAUUAGAAAUCACAAAAGCGUUUUUAUUCAAGCCAAGAUAUUUUUUAAAUUAAGCUGUUGAUUCCAAAAAGAUCAUUAAGUUCCAUUUUUAGAAAAGGUCGUUAAGGUUGAGUAUCAACCAAAUUUGCCUCGUUUUUAGAGGCAAAGAACAUAAAAAAAAACGAAAAAGUAUUUCCUGAUGGCGCCCGUGACAAAUUCGAAAUUCGAAUCCAACAUUGGAUUUGUGACAAUAUUAAUAUAAUAAUUUGCAAAGGCGGCGAAAAUUUCGUGGAAUCGUUUUCAAUAGGUAAAAACUAAACACAAGCGAGAACUUCAUAGCGUAUGUAAAUAUCGAUAUGGUAAUAUAAUAUUUUUAUUAGAACUGACAGUUUGAUUGAUAUGUACGUAUCUGCCGUGAAAUUGGGUCGGAUUUUCUAUCAAAACCAUUUAGUGGGUGUAUUUUACAUAAGACAACAAUGUGUAGGUAUACGGGAGAAAUAUAAAUAUCGCCCCCGUAUAUGUAAAUAUCACAUUCAUCAUUAUUUAGGUAAAAAUUUUUACUUGGAAAUAAAAGUGAGAAAGGUAGACUAGUCGAUCGAUCGAUGUACUUAAGUAUCUUUAAUACAUAUGUAGUUACCCUUUUCAUUCCCUCGGCAAUGAUAAUAUUUUGUUUAAUAGCUGAUGCUAAUUAAACAUACUAUUUCUCGAGUUUAUUCAAAUUUUAAUGGGACUUACCUGAUGUACCUAUUUAGUUUAAAAUUUACUUUUGUACACAACGUACGCUGUGACAAAUCUGUUCCGAAUCAGCUUAGACGUUGAUGUUGAUAAGUUUUUAUUUGGCAUAAUUCGAUUCCAAAUCGAAUUCUCGGCGGGAGGCGAAAAAAAAAGUUAACUUUCAAUUGGAAUCACGUACUUGCCCAGCGUGUUUUAAACAGCCUUUUGUUUUUUUCGACACUGACGAAGAAAGGAGGUUUAUUUUGUUGGAACAUCAUUAAUUCGAAACAAUUGAACGUUUCAAUUUUAAAAUUUGAUUUGAGAGUCUUGAGAAGGCACCCACUAGGGGCUUUUAUAACAGUGAUUAGCAGUUAAAUCGUAUAACUACUGGGUUGGCACGCAUCGCAUGUUUUACUAAAACUAAUUUGGUUUAUUGUAUUUAAAAAACUGCGUGGAAGAUGAUCGAUGGAGCAGUUUUACUGUGUUUGCUAUGCGAUCGUGAAUGUUAAAGCAACUGUUGCAAUGGUCCAUCAAAGGAUGGGUGAUUGAAGUUUAUUAUCCGUGCAUCGGAACUUUGGAAGCUGUGGUACCGACUGCAUUAAAUUCGUUAGAUCAUCAUCUCAUUCUCAUUUUACACAAAAAAAAACAAUUUUGUAAUGAGUUCCGCUGACAGCCAAAUCGAAAAGUUAUUCAAAUAAUUGUUGAAUAACUAAUAAAAAUAGUUCAGUUCCGCCUCUUUAAGAGUUCGGAAAAUUUUCAACAACAUCAGAUCGGAUAGGUACCUAAUGAAUCUUUUGUCAGCGUGAAAUCGCAAGAACUCGGUCGGAGACGGGUUUUUUUUCGUCUACUUCAACAUUAAAUCAAAUAAUUAGAGCGUAGAAUUCAAAUACUGAUGAAUGAAAUGAGGAAAAAGAGAAAAUAAACACUGGUUACCUAUAUACGAAAGAGGUUAAUAAAACAAUUUUAUGUGCUAACUCAUUUGCGGUAAAAAGUUGCGAACAAAAAGUACCAAUUUAUUCACGAGAACAAUGGAGAGGCUUAAUAAAAACUGAUAUUUGUGUUUUUAGAAAAGGAUGAUUCAUUAUCAUAUUAUUAGACUGGAGUUAUGGGAACUUGAAAAGUAGACUCUUGUAUUUUCACGAAUGUUCUCUGAGAGGGCGUAUUUAAUUUUAAAUUAAACCCAAACUCUUAAUUAAUUUGUUAGAAUUUCCUUUUUUUUUGCAUUUGCAUUGUAUUCAAAAUGAAUACUCUGUUUUACAUAUUAUUUACAGUAAAAUACUUAACUCUUUUUGAUGUUUAUAACUAUAUUUUUUCAGUAUUCAGUAUUAUGUCAAUUUAUCUUUCUAUAAUCAUUUAAUAACUUGAAUGAUAUAAGGUAAAUUGAUUAAUCGUUCAAAUGAUGAUGUUGAAAACGGAAUUAAUUCUUUUUUCAACACAGUUGCUCAAAAAUGUAUUUACGGAGGUUGUAUACGUUGUUCGAAACUACGUGCCAUAAAACGUAGCGUGCGGUAAAAUGUUUUACCGCACGCUCCCAUAUAUGACAACUUGUGUAUCCUUUACGGUUUUUUCUUAAUUUCGAUCGAACCUCCACGGAACCGCUUUUAUUCUACACCUUCGUCACACUUUAAUACUAAAACAAAAAAAAGAAUUUUCACCACCCACACGUGGCGCCAUUUUGAAAUGCAUGACAUUUUGUUAUUCGAAAAACUAAGUAUAGUAUAGUACCUAAUUAAAGUAUUAAAGCAUUACUUUAAAUAGGUAUACUAUUUUUCGCAAAUGUCUUGAAAAACGUUAUAUAAUAUUCGUACGGAUUGGUAUUUAAAAACUCGUGAUUAUAUUGUAAAUAAAAUCUAAUCACAUUCGCCUACUCGUUUGUAAUAACCAACUUAGCGCACUUAUAUCAUAAAUAACUAUAUUAAAAAAAAUGCUGUUUUAUUAUAUAUAUUUUGUGAAGCUAUAAUAAUAAGAUGAUUACUCACUAUAUUUUUUUUUAAUUACGUUCUUAAAGAUAAUGCGGAAUUGUUUCAGCUUACAUUUGAAGUCAUUUGUUUUUAAACCGCACGAGAACGAAAGUGAAUGUACUGUCUUUUCGUAUUUUGGAACGGUUACGUCUAGAGAAUCUCUCUUGUAAUUGCCAAUUAGAGUUAGAAUUACUAUUUUUUAACAAAAUCAAAACUGAAGUCACGGUUAACUUAACUUUCGGUGAUGCAUUCAGGAAUUAUCUUCGAUUUUUCCACUUUGUACCAAAAUUGAUUCGCAAAUUUUCACGUACACCAAUCAUUUAUUUAUUUAUUUGCUGCCACGGAUAUUGUAAAGGUCUGAAGCUGUAGUUUUAUGAUAAUACUUGUUGCCGCCAGCGACUUCGUCCGAGUUACACAUAGUGUGUUUUAUGGGAAUCCCACAGAAUCCUGAAAAUGUUCUUGUAUCAAAGUAUCCAACGUCUCAAUCCAUGUCCAUCUAUGUGAACAAAUUUCACCCAAAAUAUGUUCAGUCGUUUUAGCGUGAUUGAGCAACAAGUAUACAAACUUUCACAUUUAUUAUACUUUGAUUUUAAUGAUGUAUAGCUUAUAUGCUUUUGUAUGUUGUUGUAACAAACUUUAUAAUUGUUGGUUUCCAUUGUUCUAGGUUUGUUUGUUGAUGGCAGUCGCCACAUGCCGGGCGGGCCACAUUGACAUCGGUGGCCAUGGAAACGGGGGUGGCUUAGAGGGUGGUCAAGGCUACGACUUCUCAGCUCAACUAUCAAGCGGUGGUCAAGAAGGUCACGACUUCGGUGGACAAGGCGGUCAUGACUUUGGAGGACAAGGCGGUCAAUUCUUAGGCGGGCAAGGCGGUCAUGAUUUUUCCGGCGGACAAGGGCAAGGAGGUCACGAUUUCACCCUGGCUCUAGCGCAAGGUGGUCAGGGAGGACAUGAUUUCGGUCAGUCUUUCGGAGGCCACGAUCAAGGCCAACAGAGCUUCGGCGGUCACGAAGGUGGAUUCGGAGGCCAAGGUUUCGGAGGAGACUCUUACUUGCAAGCUGCCCAUGAUUCGGGAAACCAAGGAUUCGGACACGGUGACUUGGGUGGCCAGAGCGGUGGCGACUUCGGUCACGGCGCUUCCUUCGGCGGCGGUGACUUCGGCGGUCACGGAGACGCAGGUGGUCAUGGCGACUUCGGCGGUCAGGGAUUCGGUCACGGUGGUCAACAGAGCUUCGAGCUUUCUGACGCCGGUCAUGGUGGUGACGAGCACGGAUUCGGCGCUCACGUCAUCCCCGUCGGAGAACACACUGAUGUCCAAAGCCCCGUUCAGGUUCCUCUGUACAAGCACGUGACCUAUCCCGUCCACAAGCCGAUUCACGUCAAUGUCCCCAAGCCCGUGCUAGUGGGAGUGCCCCAACCUUACCCCGUGAAAGUACCAGUCCACAAACCAGUCGCUGUACCAGUCGAGACUGAGAUCUCCAUCCCUGUUGAGAAGGUCGUACCUUACCCAGUCGUCAAGCACGUGCCUUACCCAGUCGAGAAGCACGUACCCAUCAAGGUGGAGAAGACCGUCACAGUCCACGUACCCCAGCCAUACCCCGUGAAGAUCCCAGUGUACAAAACCAUCCAUCAUCAUAAAGGUCAUUAA